AUGGCUGACCCUUUCCUAUAUGAUACUGGAAAAAGAUCUCCCUACGGCUGCCUUGGACAUGAAGUACAAAUUGAGCACAUCAAGGCAUAUGUUUGUAGACCAUCUUUUUUCACAGACAAAGCUGUGAUUGUGAUUCAUGAUAUAUUUGGAUGGAUGUUCCCAGACAUUAGAUACAUAGUCGAUUUGAUUGCAGGUCAUGGAUACAUAACCAUCUGCCCAGACUUCUUCAAGGGGACAGACCCCUGGAAAACUACUGAUCACUGGGCUGACUUUGCUGACUGGCUGAAAGAUCAUGAUCCUAUGAAAGUAGACAAGGAAGCUGAUGUUGUCUUGAAGUAUCUAAAGGAACAAUGCGAUGCAAAGAAGAUUGGUAUCGUUGGGUUUUCCUGGGGUGGAAUGGCAGUACAUCACCUGAUGCUGAAAAAUCCUCAAUUAACUGCUGGGGUGUCCCUCUAUGGAAUAAUUAGGGACUCAGAAGAAAGGUACAAUUUACUAAAUCCCACGUUUUUCAUUUUUGGUGAGAAAGACCACACUAUUUCUCAUGAUCAGAUCACCUUACUGGAGGAGAAGCUGAAACAGUACUGUAAAGCUGCAUAUAAAAUUAAAGUUUAUCCUGGACAAGUUCAUGGGUUUGCAGAAUUGAAGCCAGAAGAUAUGAAACCUGCUGAUAAACCUUAUAUUGAAGAAGCUAGAAAGGAUAUGAUUGAUUGGAUCAAAAUGUUUAUUUGA